AUGUUUGACUUGAGAGUUUAUGUUCUAGUGACAUCUUAAAUCCCACUGAAGGCCUGGUUAUAGAGAGGUGGAUUUGCUUUCUUUUCUAAUACAUGAUUUACUCUGAAUAGCAGAGAUGUUCACUAUGUUCAUCUCACAAACAUGGCAGUGCAAAAGACUGCACCUGAUGUUUGGAUGUCUCGCGGCUGCAAGUGGCUGAUUCAGCAGCUCGGACAGCACUCAACUGCCAAGCGUGGGGCAGGGUCGGUGGAAGUUCUCUUUGCAGAUACAGACAAUGCUUUCAUCCCCAGCAUCCAGAGUGUUCAGAAGGUGAUUAUCAGUGACAAACACUGCUUUGAACUCUACGCUUAUGACAUCCUGAUCCAUCAGGAUCUGAAACCCUGGCUUCUGGAGGUGAAUGGUUCACCUUCCCUCACUGCCAGUAGCCUGGAAGACUGUGAACUCCAGUGUCAUCUACUCAAAGACACACUCCAUGUUGUGGACAGGGAAGGCAGGCUGGCGGGGAAGAAAUGUGUUGGAGGCUUUGACCUGAUUCGGAACGAUGGGCCUGUAAGCAGAGGGGGAGACCUGGGUGCUCUGGUGAAUGAGAACGUCAUGGCAAACACAGAUUUAGGUGUGUACUCAGCCAGUGCUGGCAGGGUGCCCUGCUCACGUCUCUGA